AUGAAAGUCAAUGAUGCAUUCAGGCCUCCUUCGGCAGUAAACCACUCUAAGCCAAAAGUGACAACUCUCUAAGAUGGUAUGAUCACUUGGAAGUUAACAUUAUACUAGCGAAUGAGUCAAGAUUAAAAUAAGAAAACUCAGGAUGAUAGAUUAAGGUCAAAUUCAGAUAUUAAAAAGGAACCUAGAAAUGGGAAAAGUGCUUCCACACAUAAAUAUGCCAAUAAUAACUAAAUAGCUAAUAAUUCUACCAUUCCCUAGCAAUAGCUGAAUUCUGAGGAUAUAUACCAAUCUUCAAAUCAGGUUGCAUAGCAAUACUCAGCAAAAUCAAGGUAACCAAGCAUUAAACAUAGUAAAUCAACCUAUCAAAUGCUCCGAUAAGAAAGCAAUAUUUUCCAAAGCUAUGACGAAGUAUUGAGCAAUUAGAAUUCGAUGAAAGCUAUGGGUAACAAGAAAAAUGAGAGCAAUAUCAUAUUUGAUAUCACUCAGGACAAAAACUCAAAUAUAGAUGAUGUUCAACUUAGAAAGUCAGAUAUUAAUGCUAAUGGCACUAAAUCUGCAAGUGUAAGUCCAAGUAAAAACAGACAUGCAAUGAAAUAGAAUAAUUCUAUUGGUGUCUAUGGAGCUAUGAGUGGAAAAGCUGAUUAAGAUGAGGAAUCAAAUCAAAGAAAGAGUAUUAGUAUGAACAGAAAGAACCAAUCAGUACUAAGUAAGGUGCUGGAGCAUUAUGACGGAGCUGAUCCAGCUAGAACUCAUAAUAGUGUUACUCGUGAUCCUUUGGACAAAGACUAGUUAAUGACUUAAUAAGCAACUAAAAGAUACGGGAAAUACGGUAAUGAUCAGAGUAAAUCGACAAUCUUGAAUAAUUAAGGUGAAACUGAAGAUUAAAGUAAUGAUUAGUCAAUGGAUAGAGAAAGAUCGAAGAGUAGAGCGAAUAAAAGAAAUGAUAGUAGCUUCAAUGUUAUCAGUGGUACCGAAAAAACACCCUAGAGAGUCGUUUUGCAUAAGAAGAUGUUCAAUAUUGAUGUUUAAAACCCAAUAGUAUUCGAUUAAAGUGCAGAUAUCAAUGAUACUGACUUCGGAGAUAACAAUUUGAAAUCCUAUGGUUAAGGAGUCAGUUUCGUGUCAAAGCCGGAAUAGAGAAUACAAGCACAUCAAUAAACUAUUAAUCCUUAAAAACAAAAGACUUAAAUUUACUUUGAGCAAGAGGAUCCAUAAAUAAUGUCAAAAGCUAUCUCACAGUCAUUUCAUGCAUCCUAGACCCCUGUUACUAAGAAAUCUAAAGUUGAAUUUUAAACACCAAUUAAGGAUGAGAAUUAAUCUCAAACCGUGAGGGCUAAAAAUACAAAGGUCGAGUAAAUGGAGCCAUUGUUUAGCAAGCCAAAAGGGAAGACAAACAAUGAAGAUUUCUAUGGAAAAGACUAAAAUAUGGAGGUUUACAAACAAAAGCAACAGUAACUAGAGCAACAAUAAUUGAGAGUGGCUCAGUCUUUUGCAGAUAUAAUAGGAGAGGAUAAUGCUAAAAAGACUCAUGAAUAGAAGCAGAAGUUGCAGGAAGAAAAUAAAAUCAUGGUUGCCUAAUAACUGUUCAAUAAUUAAAGAAAUGGCAGAGAGAAUGAGAAAUCUAAAUUAAUGAAUGAUGAAAGAAUAAAUGAUACCAUUAUAGAUACAAUGACUGGAGAUCCACGGAAAAAGAUGUUUGAGGCCCGUGAAGGCUCAAGAUCUCGUUCCCGGUCUCAGAUAAAAACUUUCUAAAAUGAUAUGUACACCGACAAUAAAUGUGUAAUGCAGAACUAAGAUAAUCGACCACUAAUUUGUGAUGAUGAGCAAAAGAUAUCCUAGAGGAACAAUGACUUGAAGCGACUGUCGAGUGAUCUAAAAGUGUAAAUUACUAAGAGACUUGAAUACUUGAAGGCAGAGAAAGAAAGAAUAAAGCAGUAAGAAUAAGAAAGUAUAGAGGUUGCGCUAAGAAUUGAAGCAGAUGACAAGGAAAAGAAGUAUGUUUAAAAAGUUGAAUCAAAGCAUAUUGUCAAAGCAUAGAUGAUACUUUAGGAGAAAUAAAAAGACAGGUAGAAAAGCCAGAGUAAGAUCGAGAAGAUGCAGGAGAGAGAUUUAGUUAGAUAAAUACAAUAGAGAUAGGUAUUAGGAAGUGUGCUGGCAGUUGGCAAGUACAGUGGGGAGGCUGAUAUCAUUGUAGCUAAUAGGGAUAAUAAAAAUGUGUCAGCAAGCAACUCCUUCGUUUUUAAAUCAGAUUAAAAACUGUAGCAGCAAUCAAAUAAGAAUCUUCAUUCAAUGUCCAAAUCUAAGACACCCAAUAAGAGUACUUAACCAGAUGACAGCCGCACAACACCUUUCAAAACUCCUGACACUAUGUCUACUUAGAAAAAAGUAUCUGAUAAAUAGAGUGUAAAUGGCAAUCGUAAAGCACAUAAUGGGUAUAAUUAGGUACGAGCACAGGUUCUUAAUUACAGUGAUAGCAGUUAGAGUAAUAAUGGGUUUAAAAGAUCCUAUCCUAAGGACUAAUUAGUAGAUAGAACUUCUGAAUUCACUUUUAAAAAUAAGUUUAAUGAGUGA